CACUCCCAGUUCAGAUGUGUGUUGGGGGCGGUUGCUGUGAAAUGGGGGUCCUGUAGCCGAUGUGUGUGAAUGUAAGCUAAUCCUGCGUGUGUGCUUGAACGUGUAUAUUAUAAUAGUUCGAAGUAUUAGAAUAGUCCGGCCUACAUACAAACAAUACAAGUAUUUUAACCUAGUAGGCUACCAUGGACAGUAUGUGCGAUUUUAUGUUUUAUAAAUAGCCUAUGCAUGAACUGCGGUCUCAUUGAAGGACACGAACGAGGGGCAUUAGUAAAGCAAUCGGACCUCAGAUCAUCAUGUCUGCGUCGGCUACGAACAAUGGUAGACUCCAUAAGGACGAGAAAUGCAAACAGCGAAAAUACCAAUCUUUUCUCUUCUAUCAGGCCGUGCGGGAUCUAAAGCCUGUUUGGAUGUUGGAGGACAUGCGGACAAUGGAGACUUUUUACUGGGAGGAAGACGCCAGCCAGAGAUCUUACACUCCCUCGGAGGCAUUACUGUACGCUAUCGUACAUGACCACCAAGCCUACGCUCAAUACUUGCUCAGUCACUACACCGAUGAAGCACUGGCCAUGCCCGGCGAGCGCUUUUGCUGCUGUCCAUCAUCGGCCCCGCAUUUGGCGAUGGCUGUCAGAUAUGACAGACGGGACAUACUGGGUCUCAUAUUGCAAGAAGCGCAUCGACUACCUAGUCUGCGGUCAUAUAUGAACCGAGGCGGAUGUUUUCACAUGGAGGACGGUAAAACUCCACUACAUCUGGCCUGUGAGCUSYUGCGCUCWGAGUCCGUUAUUCUGUUGUUGGGCAACGGCGCCUCGCCACAGGCAGAAGAUCAAAACGGUAUGACGCCAUUGGAUGUCAUUUUGGAACAGCUGUGGGACUCCAAAGUGAACAUUGGGCCCAAAAAGCUGUGUCUUGACAACUUGUUAAUGUUUAUGCCAGAGAUUCGUUUCAAAAUGAAGAGUGCGCUCGAAGGAGACCCAAUUUGUUGGUCCAAAGUCCUAGGUGAGGACAAAUUCAAAUACCUCGUUGGACAGAAGCCAGCUCCACUGUUUCUCAUGGCUAUGCAAACAAUUCUGAGGCAGCUUCCACCAGAGCAGUUCCCUGACAGCCUAGAUGAGCUUCCCAUACCCUCCUCAUUGAAACCACUACCCUGCAAACAGCUUGGACAGCUGAAAGUGUUUUAAACGUGUUUUGACAAGUUUUAAAACUCUCUACAUUAUGUAUUUAUAUGAAUGUUUUAGCAUGAUUAAGAUGUCUGUGUGAUGAGCAUGUAGGCCCUAUGUAUUGUUGUGUCAAUACAAACCCCUUGUUUGAAACUAAGAGGCUAUAAGAAUGGGUGCUAAUUAUGAUMAUAUCUGUGAUUCAAGUUUCAUAUGAACUGAAGAGGUAAUUGUGUAAAUUAUUUGAAUUUUAUUUUUAAACCUUUUUAUAUAAGUUGUAUGCAAAUGUCUCAGAAUGGAGACUACAGUAUAACAAUAUAUUUUCAUUGCUGUGCUGAAUUUUACGCUUUUAUAGCCUACAGAACAAAGACCAUGUGUGAUUGGUUAUCUGUAUAGAAUGAUUACCUCAAAUAUGUUUAAUAUCUUAAUAGGAAUUAUGAUCUAGGAACUUUUAAACAUAUUUAAAAUGCCACUAUCAAUUCCAUUAUGCUUCUCCAGUGAUGGCUUUCCUCAUUAUCAACAUAAWACUCAAGAGAAAAGAGAACUUGAGAAACAAAUAAAUCGAAACACGCAUCAUUGUUA